AGCAGUCCGAUUAAUUUUCCGGCGGAUAAAAUACGAAUCAUUUCGCUUCCCCCACGACGGAAACACUAAUGGCCGCCGCCGCUGCUUCCAUUAGUACCGCCGCCUUCCUCCCACUCCAUAAACCUACCAAAGAUUUCAAAUCCUUCGUACCCACUUCACAAACACCUAAAUUCUUGACGAAAAUUAAGCCGGCAGCCGUAGCAAUCAAGGCGGUAGGGAAGGAGCAAGAUGUGAUACACGUACAGAGCAUCGAUUUUUCCGAUCACCAAGGCGGUGGUGUGGUGGGUGAAAUUGAGAGGGAGGUUGAAGGAGGAAAAGAGGUUCAGUUGAUUAGCGGGUUUGGUGGUAGUGAAGGAAGAUUGUCUUUUGAAGGUGGGUUUUCGUCGGCGACGACGGCGGGUUCUUCCGGUGGUGGUGUUGGUAAUGGAAAUCAGGUGGUUGAGGGUGAUGAUUUUGAUAAAUUGAUCGAUAGAGCUAUUAAUGCCACCAUUGUUCUUGCUGCUGGUACUUUUGGUAUCACCAAACUGCUCACCAUUGAUUAUGAUUAUUGGCAUGGAUGGACCAUAUAUGAAAUACUGAGAUAUGCACCGCAACACAACUGGAGCGCGUACGAAGAAGCUCUUAAAGAAAAUCCGCUCUUGGCAAAGAUGAUGAUAAGCGGAGUUGUCUAUUCUGUAGGGGAUUGGAUUGCACAGUGCUGUGAAGGAAAACCGCUCUUAGAAUUUGAUCGCACUCGCAUGUUUAGAUCUGGCCUCGUUGGCUUCAUGUUGCACGGAUCACUUUCUCACUACUACUACUAUUUCUGUGAGGAACUUUUCCCCUUUCAAGACUGGUGGGUGGUUCCCGUUAAGGUAGCGUUUGAUCAAACCGCAUGGGCAGCCGUAUGGAACAGUAUUUACUACGUGGUUGUCGGACUUCUACGAUUCGAGUCGCCAUUUACUAUUUUUAGUGAAUUAAAGACGACAUUUUGGCCCAUGUUGACAGCCGGUUGGAAGCUUUGGCCAUUUGCACACAUCAUUACGUAUGGUGUCGUACCCGUUGAACAAAGACUCUUGUGGGUCGAUUGCAUAGAGCUCAUUUGGGUUACAAUACUCUCAACUUUAUCGAAUGAGAAAUCAGAAGCAAGGAUUUCCGAUGCACCAGUCGACCCGAAUUCAAGUUCAUCUUUUGACCCUUCAGAGGAGUAAAUACCCACAAAAACGAAGAAUCAACCAAAAGAAGCCGAGCAGUUUUCUCCAUUUUUCGUCACUGAAAUCUCCAUUUGGCAUAGCGGCGAUGGUCGAAAAAUGCUGCAAUGAAGGUAAUGCCGCUAGUCGAAAGGCCAUUGUGUCAGUUCUACGUAUAUGACGCUUGUAUUAUACCCCUAAUCAGCAGAUUUUUCUCUGCUAAAUAUGUUGUACAUCCCACUCUUGUUCUUCCAUUUUGACAUAGAAUUUAACUUGAUAUAUAUUUAGUGACGGUAUUCGAGCCUCGUGAAAA